CAACGUUCGCACAAACAACUUGCGCUCACGCAAUUCGAAGAAAUCGACUUUUUUAACGUGUCCAUUAUAUUAUCAUCUAUCUAAAUCGAAUUAUCCUGUUAUCAAUGAAUAUACAGAGUAUUGGUGUUAUGUUAUAUGUGAUACUGUUUUGUGAAAGUGUAGUUAUCUGAAGAAAACAUGAGUGCUAUAGUGAACGCCGCUGCCGACGUGAUAUCGGGCACUGCGAUCGCCGCUGCAGGCACGCAGGUAGCCUGGUUCAUCCCGAUGUUGGUAGCGGCUAUAGCGUAUUACCAAUUUGACCAAACCGACCCUGAAGGAAGACCAGCCGAUAUAGGCGACGCUCGAAUACUACCAGAAUAUGACUUCAUCAUAAUCGGCGCCGGUUCUGCUGGUGCAGUAGUAGCAAGCCGCUUAUCAGAAAUCGGGCAUUGGAAUGUACUACUCCUGGAAGCUGGUGGAGAUGAAACCGAGAUAUCUGACGUUCCCUUACUAGCUGGCUAUCUACAGCUCAGCAAACUGGAUUGGAAGUAUAAGACUGAACCCCAAGGGACCAGUUGCUUGGCUAUGGAAGGUGGUCGAUGUAAUUGGCCGCGUGGUAAAGUUCUCGGUGGCAGUUCCGUUUUGAAUUACAUGCUAUAUUUGCGAGGAAACAAAAAGGACUAUGAUAUUUGGGAAGCUCAAGGCAAUAAGGGCUGGGGAUACAAAGACGUACUCUACUAUUUCAAGAAAUCAGAGGAUAAUCAAAAUCCUUAUCUGGCCCAAACACCAUAUCAUAGUACAGGAGGAUAUAUGACCGUAGCUGAAUCUCCAUAUCACACUCCUCUAGUAUCCAGUUUUAUUGAAGCUGGUCUAGAAAUGGGAUAUUUAAAUCGUGAUAUAAAUGGCGAAAACCAAACCGGUUUUAUGGUGGCACAAGGAACGCUGCGUCGUGGUAGCCGUUGCUCGACGUCCAAAGCCUUUUUACGACCGGCUAAAGAUCGUACAAACUUACACAUUGCUAUGCACUCUUUUGUUACAAAGAUCCUAAUCGAUCCAAGAACAAAAAUAGCUUUCGGUGUAGAGUUUAUUCGAAAUAAAAAGAUUUAUCGUAUACGAGCAAGGAAGGAAGUGAUUUUGUCAGCGGGUACGAUCAACUCUGCUCAAAUAUUGCAAUUGUCUGGGAUUGGUCCAGCUGAAGAAUUAGCAAAACAUCGCAUACCUUUAAUACAAAAUCUUCAAGUGGGAAAGAACCUUCAAGAUCAUAUCGGUUUAGGUGGUUUGGCUUUCAUGAUAAACAAGCCAAUGUCUAUUGUUGAACACAGAUUACAUACUGUGAGCACUCUCAUGCAGUACGCCGUAUUAGGCGAAGGACCUUUAACAAUAAUGGGUGGAGUGGAAGGUUUAGGAUUUGUCAACACUAAAUAUGUCAACGCAUCAGACGAUUUCCCUGAUAUAGAAUUUCAUUUCAUAUCUGGUUCCACUAAUUCUGACGGAGGAGAGCAAUUACGAAAGGUACACGGAUUAACUGAAAAGUUUUACGACGCUGUAUUCAGACCUAUAAAUAACAUGGACGUUUGGAGUAUAAUACCGAUGUUAUUACGUCCUAGAAGCAAAGGUUAUAUUCAACUGCGAAGUGCUAAUCCAUACGACUAUCCUUAUAUCUAUCCAAACUAUUUAACAGAUGAAAUGGACGUGAAGACUUUAGUCGAAGGCGUGAAAAUUGCUGUAGCUGUAUCAAGAACUAAGGCCUUCCAAAGAUACGGUUCAAUAUUGAAUCAUCAUCUUUUCCCCGCUUGUAGAAGUCUACCAAGAUAUUCUGACCCCUACUGGGAAUGUAUGAUUCGUCAGUACACAUGUACCAUCUACCAUCCAGUGGGAACAGCUAAAAUGGGUCCAUUCUGGGAUCCAGAAGCGGUAGUCGACCCUGAGCUUAAAGUUUAUGGAGUUAAAAACCUUCGGGUAAUCGAUGGCAGUAUAAUGCCCAAUUUAGUGAGUGGAAAUACUAAUGCACCAAUAAUUAUGAUCGGAGAAAAGGGCAGCGACAUGAUCAAAGAGUUUUGGUUGAAGCGUAGACGUUCCAGAUAUUAUUUGUGAUUUAAUGUACAAAACAGUAUUAAUAAGAAAAAUAUUAUUAGAAUUUAGAAUUGUACAUAAUUCAACUAUUUAAUUUAUUCUAACUUAUUAUUUUAAUAUUAAGAAAAAUA